AUGAAUAAAAAAGAAUUGGGUCACAAAGCUUAAACAAAGCGAAUUGUCUUGCGUGUUACGCAAUAUUGCAAGCUAAGCACCUGGUUGAAUAUUUUUUUCAUUUAUCUUGACUUUGAUAUUGGAAUUAGAAUUACAGGGGGCAGUAUGUCGCGUGAAUCUGUUCACCGUGGAUUUUUUCUGCUGUGUAAAUACCUCCCCGCCCUGGCCUUACUGGGGGUGGGGUUUUUCACCCCUCACUGGAUUGAAAAUGAAAAGUAUAACUGUACACAAGGACUUCUCGUUAAUAAGAAUUGUACCAGUGAAGUUGAAGACCUCCACUCCGCGGUCCUGGGUUUGGAGUCUGCCGCCUUUGCCCUGCUUGCCAUGACAACCAUUGUAAAUAUCGUCCUAGAGUGUUGCUAUGGUGAAAACAAUCCCAUGACAGCAAGGGCUCGCUGUAUCUGCGCAUUUUUCUUUGGGAUUGGAGGCAUCCUAGGACUGAUAGGCUGUGUGGCUGUUUUUGCAGAGUAUACACAUGACACCAGGGGGUGGUCAUUUUGGGUUAGCUUUGCAGGAUCUAUUGUUGCCAUUGUCACGUGGACAACGUUCAAGGAAACCAGAGAUCUUUUUAAGGACACAAGUUACCAGACUCUGUAGUAAAUACAGAUACUGGACUGAUUCUCUACAGGUUCUUGAUGCAAAGGGCUAUCCACUUUAUGUAGAUAUGUUUAUAUGUGUAAAUAUAUGUAAUAUCGUAUUAAAAUAUAGAUUAUAUACAAAAAUAGAAAAGAAAAUAAACUUGAAAUACAAAAAUCGUUUGUUCUUUAAAAUUAACUUAUUUUGUUUUAUUUAUUUUUGAUAUUGUUUUAUUUUAUUAAAAUUUUUUAGGUUAUCAUUAAAGUUUUUUUUCUCGAUAAAAUAGACAUGUAAUUUAAACUAUUAGUGUUUUGCACUGCUCUAUAAUUCGAUUGAGUUUAGUUCUUCUGUAAUACCGGUAUUUUUCUGCAUGUCAUGUACAUAUUUAAAACUAAAAUAUUCUACAAAUGACUAAAUACUUAUCUGAAACUUUUGCCCCAAACUGUUUGUAACGUUUAUUAUAUCAACCUUGCCGAUUGUUUUGGAAAUUUGAGAAUUCGUUAUGUGUAUUAUAUCUUGUUUUAUUUCGAUAAGCGUCAUUUGUUAGCAAUGAUAAUAUAUGCUUUUGCACUUCAUUUUACAGUAUUGUUUAUUUUUGUGAAUGUUCAUCGAAUGUAUCUUUAAAAAGAUCUGUAUAAAA